AUGGGGGACUGGAACUUCCUUGGGGGGAUUUUGGAGGAGGUGCAUAUCCAUUCGACUAUGGUAGGCAAAAUCUGGCUUACCAUCCUGUUCAUCUUCCGGAUGCUGGUCCUCGGGGUGGCGGCUGAGGAUGUGUGGAAUGACGAGCAGGCUGACUUCAUAUGCAACACUGAGCAGCCCGGAUGCAGAAAUGUGUGCUAUGACCUGGCUUUCCCAAUCUCCCUGAUCCGCUACUGGGUGCUGCAGGUCAUUUUUGUGUCUUCGCCUUCAUUAGUUUACAUGGGCCACGCUCUCUACAGGCUCCGGGCUCUGGAGAAGGAACGGCAGAAGAAAAAAGCUCUGCUGCGAAGGGAGCUGGAGUUGGUUGAUGUGGAGCUGGCGGAGGCCAGGAAGAGGAUUGAGCGGGAAAUGAAGCAGCUCGACCAAGGAAAGCUUAACAAAGCUCCUCUGAGGGGCUCUCUGCUGCGUACUUAUGUGGCUCACAUUGUCACCCGCUCUGUUGUUGAAGUGGUCUUCAUGACAGGUCAGUAUGUUCUCUAUGGUUUUCAUCUCUAUCCGCUCUUCAAGUGUGAGCGGGAUCCUUGUCCGAAUGCUGUGGACUGUUAUGUUUCCAGACCAACAGAAAAAAGUGUCUUCAUGGUGUUCAUGCAGUGCAUUGCUGCAAUCUCCCUCUUCCUAAACAUCUUGGAGAUCAUGCAUCUGGGCUACAAGAAGAUUAGAAAGGGCAUACUGGACUUCUAUCCUCACCUGAGGGAUGAAAGGGAUGAACUGGAUGACUACUAUGCCAACAAGUGUAAAAAAGAAUCUGUAGUGCAAAUAUGCACCAGUACAACCCGAAAGUCAACAAUUGCCUCUGCACCCAGUGACUUCAACUUUUUGAUGGAAAGGGUGCAGGGCACAGUUACGUCCCCCAACCUUAUCAAACCCUCAACUUUUCUACCUCUGCCAGGCCAACCGGACUUGGAUGAUUCCAGAUGCUCUGCUCAAAGCCCCACAGAGUAUAACUGCACCUCAACCACCAAUGAACUCUCCUCACCGUGCUGUGAUUCCCUGAAUAAUCAAAAAAAGGAGGCAGAAGACUUUUUGCAUCUUCCCCAGCAUAGUAAGGAGGACGACAGCAGUGAAAGUAGAAGCCCGGAGUCUCCUAAAUGCCCGCAGAAGGCAGCUCAUGCUUCGUCCUUUCCCACGCUGCCAGUGAGUGCAUCGAGGAGGCCAUUUAGGGCUCAUGGCUCUUUCAAAUGCUCCACAGUGUUGGAGGGUAAGAGCUCUGACACAGAUUCAUACGGAGGUGCAAAAGGCUACAGUGGACCUCCCUGCACUCGAACGCAAUCAAAGCCGAUUGUCCAGCAUCACAGCCGGCCCUCCAGCCCAGAGUCACUGGAUGACUCCAGCUCAGGAUCCACACACAACCCGAGACCACCUUCUUCCAACUGCAAAACAUCGAUGGCAAGUAACGGUAGCAGCAGAGCCCCAGAUCUGCAGAUCUAA